ACUGUGAGUAGCAUUACGGAAGAGUGAUUACAGUGUGAGUCUUUGCAGUGAGAAGAUUGGAUUUUUCUUAGCUAGGACAACUUUACGCUUCACAUUACAGUAUGCUCUGAGUACCUCCUCCCUCCUUUCACUGCAGACUGUGGGAAAUUCAACUUGAUCUGCCUCAAUGGACGCAUGCAUUCAUAAACAGAUUUUUUUUUCCUUGCCAUCUUCAGAGAUCUUCUGCACGAGGGAAUCAUGUCGUUUUUAAAGUAGAAAACUGUCAAUGAGAUGUUCCUGUUAACAAAAACCCAUCGAGGUUUCCAUUGAGGUUCAGUCCACCCCUUACCUCAAAUCUCGAACUGUGGAUUUCACUAUAUCUGACUGAAUACAACUAGAGACAAAACUGGACAGAUUCCACUCCAUCACCAAGGUGCAAGUGUUUUUUCCUCUGGCUGUGAUGAUGGGGAGCUCAGCCUCGUCUCUCACAGCGGAAACGGAGUCGGACCAUGGCUUCCGCAGCACGCCAUACUCGUCACCCCCUGUGGGCUGGCUCAGGAAUAGCCACAGUAGCCCUGUGUGGGGCACCACCUUCAUCUCACGCCAGCAGCAGCUCCCGCUGCCUCACCGAGAGCGCAGCCACUCUCACUCCCCUGGCUCCAUGGCUACAGCGGUGCGAGGCAAUGAGUGGUCCUGUGGACGCUGCACCUUCUUAAAUGCUGGUGCAGCACCUCGCUGUUCCAUCUGUGAGGCACCACGUCAGAAACCCGACCUCAACCAGAUUCUGCGGUUGAGCAGCACUGACGAACAUCGCUGGACGUGCCCCCGCUGUACCCUCAACAACCCUCAGGGCUCGGGGACUUGCACAGUCUGCGGCUUCGGACCCUCACCUGCCACGCACACACCUCCAACUACCACAAUAGCCGUUACUGCCAACGGCCUUCCUCCACCACCUACUGAGCCUGUAACACCCAUUAUCAACUCCACAGUGCUGUUGGAGCCUCAUGGACAAUAUUUGGCCAAGGAGGACACAGUGCGACGGUCAGAGAGCAACGGAGAGGUGGGCACUUUAGAGGAACAGCAGUCUGGAUGGGCUUGUCCUCGCUGUACACUCCACAACACACCUGUAGCCCUGUCUUGCUCAGCUUGUGGUGGGCCCAGGAAACUGUCUUUGCCUAAAAUCCCCCCUGAGGCAUUGGUGGUGCCUGAGGUACGCACACCUGUGCUAGGGUUUCCUGUGCACACAGCAGGGACUGCCCCGAUACUUAUCGAUUUGACAGAUGACUCUCCAACAGCUCCUCCUUGUGAUCCUCCAGAGUCUUCCCACAGUUUGACACAGCCUCUCACCUCUCAGUGUUCAGCUUUUUCCUCCCUUCAGAACAACCCUGUGCCACGAAGCAGGAGAGAAGUUCCUCCUCCAGGGCGACCACCAAGCACAGGCACCAACACUCCUAGCCCCACUUCCCCUUCAACGGCUAUUGUGCCACCCCAACCUGCCCCACAGCGGCCACCCAAACCCAAACACGCACAACCCCAGGAACCUUCAUACCCCAGCAAGCGCCUCAGCAUCUUAGAAGAGGAAGACUCUCAGCAUCACCCACUAACCCCUCAUCUCUCUAUUGUCGCCUCAGCUGUUUCCAGCUGGAAAUGUCCGAGCUGUUCCAUGCCCAAUCAAGGUAGCUCGUCCAAGUGCGAGGCUUGCCGAUCAUCACGUGCAGGUGCUGACCUCAUUGAUCUGGUAGGAUGUGAAACCGUGCGCUUUACACCAGCCAGCCCCUCAAGUCCAGACUUCAGCACUUGGGCUUGCUCUAAGUGUACUCUACGCAAUCCUACAGGCGCACCAAAGUGUUCUGCUUGUGGCUCAUCCAAGCUGCAUGGAUUUCAGGAACAACAGGGAUCCCUGCCUCAUUGCUGUCCACACUGCAGCCUUCCCUUGGGGCCUAGUACCAUAUCAUGCUCUUGCACGUCCUCCUCUUCCUCAUCAUCCUCGGGCCAUAAAAUACGAAAACAGGCCCGAGGCUUUCCCUCCUCUUCUUCAGCUACUGCUUCUUCGAGUUCCUCUUCCUCCACCACCUCAACGAACCUUCAGGAGAAGGUUGGACAGUGGGCCUGCCCAGCAUGUACGCUGCUUAAUGACAUCAAGGCCAAAAACUGUGCAGCAUGCCAUACACCUCAGCAGUACCUCACACUUCGCAAGGUGGUUAAGCCUCUGAAGAGACGAGAGAGCAUGCAUGUUGAAGCCCGUCGACGAAAUGAUGAGGGCGAAGCAAAGGAGCUUUGGGAGAACAUUGUGAGCUUCUGCAGAGAGAACACUGUGAACUUUGUGGAUGACAGUUUUCCCCCAGGGCCACGGUCCGUGGGCUUCCCCGAGGGCGACAGCGUCCAGCAGCGAAUCAAAAAGUGGCUCCGCCCUCAUGAGAUCAACUGCAGUAACUUCAAAGACCGAGGUGUCAAGUGGUCUGUCUUCCGAACACCACGUCCGUCUGACAUCCUGCAAGGCCUGCUUGGAAACUGCUGGUUUCUGAGUGCACUGGCGGUACUGGCAGAACGUCCAGAACUGGUGGAGAGGGUGAUGAUCACCAGGACUAUUUGCCCAGAGGGGGCCUAUCAGAUUCGGUUGUGUAAAGAUGGGACGUGGACCACAGUGCUAGUGGACGACAUGCUGCCCUGCGAUGACUACGGCUACCUCCUCUUCUCCCAGGCUCAAAGGAAGCAGUUGUGGGUGGCUCUGAUUGAGAAGGCCCUGGCAAAACUCCACGGCUCCUACUUUGCCCUGCAGGCAGGGCGCGCCAUUGAGGGCCUGGCCACGCUUACUGGGGCUCCCUGCGACUCACUUAUGCUGCAAGUCAGCUCCACCAAUCCUCGAGAGGAGCCCAUCGAUACGGACCUCAUCUGGGCCAAGAUGCUUAGCUCCAAGGAGGCUGGGUUUUUAAUGGGUGCGUCUUGUGGAGGAGGCAACAUGAAGGUAGACGAUGUCGUUUAUGAGUCUCUGGGUCUGCGUCCUCGCCACGCCUACUCUAUCCUGGAUGUACGAGAUGUCCAAGGUUACAGGUUGUUGCAGCUGCGAAACCCGUGGGGUCGUUUCUCGUGGAACGGCAGUUGGUCGGACGAGUGGGCAGACUGGCCACAGCAUCUUCGUCACGAGCUGAUGGCUCACGGCAGCAGUGAAGGCGUCUUCUGGAUGGAGUACACUGACUUUAUAAAGUAUUUUGACUCCGUGGAUAUCUGCAAGAUCCACUCGGACUGGCAGGAGGUGAGGCUGCAGGGCUGCUUCCCUACCAAGGCCAGCGGCCCGGUGACGGUCACAGCGCUCACCGUUCUGGAGAGGACAGCGCUGGAGUUUGCUCUUUUCCAAGAAGGAAGCAGACGUUCAGACACGGCCGACAGCCACUUGUUGGAUUUGUGUAUCAUGGUGUUUCGGGCGUCUUUUGGCAGCGGCAACAAACUGACUCUGGGUCGCUUGUUGGCGCACAGUAAGCGAGCGGUGAAGAAGUUCGUCGGCUGUGACGUGAUGCUGGAGCCGGGAGAGUACGCUGUCGUCUCCUGCGCCUUCAACCACUGGCAGCUGAAUGUCAGCGGGACAGGAGGACCUCCCACACCCAUCUCGAGCCCCACUAGCGGAGUGGCAUGGCGGCCGAGCCAGGACUUCCCAGGGUACAUCCUGGCUAUUUACAGCUCGCGACAGGUAAUGGUGGAACAGGUGGAGGCGACUGCCACUACAAUGGCCGACGCCAUCAUCCUUCUGACCGAAAACAAAGGAGAAAGGCAUGAGGGCCGUGAGGGCAUGACCUGCUAUUAUCUGACCCAUGGCUGGGCGGGGCUUAUAGUGGUGGUGGAGAACCGCCACCCCAAGUACUACCUCCACGUGUCCUGUGACUGCACGGACAGCUUCAAUGUGGUGUCGACGCGCGGCAGCCUGAAGACCAUCGACAGCGUGCCCCCAUUGCACCGGCAGGUGCUGGUGGUGCUUUCGCAGCUGGAGGGAAACGCCGGCUUCUCCAUUACGCACCGCCUGGCUCACCGCAAGGCAGUCCAAGCAUCUCUGGGGGAUUGGACCCCCACCAAAGCCACCCACAGCCCCCAGCUCACACCGGACAUCGACGGCCUGCACCGGCCCCGGCCGCUAUGACCACCGCCCGCCAAGACACACACACACACACACACACACACACAUACAGACUCUUACCUAAUGAACUGUCGGUGCACUGGAAAACCAGGAGACAUGCGUGAGGCGCGUGCGAUCCCAAAAUGUGGGCGGAGAUACGUGUGCACGAGUCUGUUUGGAUGAACACGCCUGAAUGUAUAGCGUUCACAUGCUCCCCUACAAAUGCCGACGUUGUCAUCCAGCUCACACGCGCUCGGUUCCACGCCAAGCGGCUGUGCCACGUCGGGAUAAAAUGAGGGAAGUGAACCAUGUGGAGUCAUCAGGUGCUUACAGGCGAUGGGUUCUCUCUUUUUUUGGCCUGUUAGCUAAACAGGAACUGGUUGAAGCAACCCACUUUUUUUCCCUCCAUAAAAGCGCUGUACGUGGAACAGAUGUCCACGCCGUGUAUCUCUCCAUCGUGGGCUUGGAGUCAACCCUGCUUUCCAUGAGUUUGUCACAUGUCGGGGAUGCAGUGAGGUAACUACUGAGUCCGUAACCUCUGAGCCAAUCAUAUGGCCUGAUCCCACUUCCUGGCUGCCUCCCAGAGGCCCACAGUUGACCUCACCCAGCCCCAGUAUGGUACGUCAAGAGCCAAAACCCAAAUACAACUUGUACUCAGUCACAUUUUCUUUUCUUUUUUUUAUUUUGAGACAAUACAAGUGUGAGUACUCUUACUUCUGUUAUGUGCAACUCUAUUUGUCACCACGUCAGCCAUCAUCCACACCGUGCUGUUCUGACCCCAUCCUUCUUUCUCGCUCAGGAUCGUGGAUUUGUACAACAGACAGAAUCCAGGUAAACCUCUUGUGUGUUUGUUGGAAGUUGUACAGUACACACUUUCCGGAGAGUGGUGUGGUAGAGUCCUUCUAACCCUUUUGUGUAAUGGCACACCUGCCUGGAUGUGGUGUAGAAGCUGCAGGCUUUGGCUGCCCGUUGCAAUAGUACCAUCUAGGGGGAGUCUUAAACUCUCAUCCGCAUAAUGCUCCAGUAUCCGGGGAUAAGCGCCAGCCUGAUGAGCCUCAGGGUGUGUGUAGGACUUUGUUCUUGUAUACUUCCUCUUUUCCUUUCCGUUACUCUCAGUCAUUUUUCAUUCCGUUCCUGUUUACAGUCUCAGCGGUGGAGGUGAGUCUCUGCUUGACAAGCUUUGUAGUUUUACCUCCAGGCGUGCCCGCUUUUCUCGUUCAGUCCAACAGUCACGUCAUAGCUCAGCACACCAAUUCACACAUAAAGGCGCACUCCUUCAGCUCUAAGGCCAGAAAUCCAGAAACAUUUUUUUGUUUAUGGUUUGGUGGUUCAGGGAUGCACAUCCAUCCUGCCUUCUAUCGACGUGCAACACGUCUGUGAAAAUCUCAAGGUUACCACCAGCCUGGAUAGUUCAGAUGGCUUCUGUGUUAUCUUUGUUUCUCUCAAGUGGAGAAAUAAAAUCAUUGUUCAUGCACAGCAACCGUUCAUCGGGGAAGUCUAUGACCUGGAUUUGUUUCCAGCGAAGAACCAGAGAGGGCAAAAUGUUUUACAGCUAUAACUACGGAGAAAAGUGCUACUUGCCUUUCAUCAAAAGUAAUGGUGCCAGUCUUUUCUCAUUUCUGAAGCCAUUCUGCUUUUGCUCCAGUCUGAGGUAAGCUGUGCAGAAAUCAUGCCUCACCUGGGUCAUAAACCCAUCAUUUUUCUUCUCUCACUUGAUAGGCCUCAUUCAGAAGAUAAAGUGCACAGUUACGUUUACAGCAGACCUGUUCGCUUCAGAUUCCUGACCCAACAGUCGUUUCCACCUUUAUGUUGCAAAACUGAAACAUUGCGGUGAGGCCUGAAAAUAUUUCAUCUCCAAACUGGUAACGGCGUAGAGUUUAGACAGCAAAAAGAAGAAAAAAAGGAGAUGAGUGGGUGAGAAGUGAGUUAGUCCAUCCCAGCCAGCGUCUAUGGCGAAUCAAAUUAAAAGAACAUAUAACGAGCAUCACCCGUAUUGCAUCUGGUGAACGUUGAGGCACCAAACUGUAGCUUUGUUUUUCCUGUGUUAUAUCCCAGAGAUGUGUCUGCCACCUGCUGGAUAGUUUGAGGAUGCUGGAUAAAUUCUCAAAGUAUGUAGAGCUAUGGUUAAGCUCAUGUAGCUUGUCUAUCUCGUGGUCGUCACACUGUUCCGCUCAUCUAACAAGCUAGCAACCCUGAGGAGAAGCAUGAGUCCCACUAUGUGGAAAUUCAGAAAUAUUACAACAGAACUGGAAAGUAGAGACAGGAAUCAUAGAAUAGAUACUAUAUAGAACAUAUGGCUGGGGAUGGUACCAAUACUUUUCUUCUGCACUACAGAUUAGUGACUCUAUCUCAUAAUAUUGCACCAGGUUUCAAAACCUGUUUCAGAUAUUGUUCCAGAGUCUCUAUUACAAGGAAAACAUCAUUAGCGUUAGUAAAUGGGGCUUCGAUUCUGAACAAAUGCUUCAAAAUUUUCCGACUGAUUGUCCCUCUCUGAGAUUAAACCUAUUAAAACGCAAGCCAGUGAACUAGCAUUGCACUUUUUUAAAUCUCAUAUUUAGAAGCUACAGUUGGCGGAGGGUUUGUUCUUGAACUAGGACAUACGUCGCUCCUUAUUGGGAACUGGACUAUGAAGGAAUGCACUUUUAAAAAGCAGCAUCUCACAAGGCUGUGAAAAGUAAUGCUCCUCUGCCUGCAUCACUUCAGUUUGUCUGUCAUCUUUCUUUAUGACUGUGUAAUUAGUGUGUAUUUACCCGUUUCUCGCGUGCUACAUGUGUUUGCUAGUGCGUCAGCUGGAGUUGCAGAGCGUCCUGCGGGAUGGUACAAACUGUUUGAACAGUGAAUCUUCUACAGGGGAGCUGUCAUGUUUACUCUGGGAGGCCAGGGACUGGUUUUUGUUCUCCUAGGUGCAGCGGGAGCAUCUGAGCCUUCCUCCCCUGUGAGAACACACAGAUGCCAUGUUGGCAACACCACGAGUCUUUGUGAUGGAAUAUAUUACCAUUUUGUCAGAUUAUGUGUGUGCACAUAAGCGCUAGAAGAGACCCCUGAGAUAUGUCGUGACAUAGAAAGUACUUUUGUUUCCUUCCUCUUUGUCCUGUGCUGGAUGUCUUGAUUGUCAAAGCCUUUACUGGUAUUUUCUUAAGUAUCUUUCACCAUGGCGGCAUCUGCCUUUUAUCACAGAGAGGGGGAAACACUGUGGUACUAUAGCAACAGGAUAAAGUGGGGACACCCCCCCCCCCCCCCCCCCAAAGUUACUUGACGUGUCACUGUAUGUAUGUAAUGAAAUGUGGUAAAAACUUGAACCCUGAGCGGCAAAAUCUUUGCACUCAUACAAUGAAUAAUGCAGGUAGCUCAGUGGAAGGUGGGCUACCAAUACGUAGACCUGGGUGGGACACUUCAUCUGCUUUGUGCCAGUAUCAACCAUUGCUGGGGAAGGAACCUGUGAUGCAUCCAGGGGGAGCUGUAGACUCUUAUGCCACACACAGUGAUAUCCUGGGAAGCACCGGCACCAAUUGGCCUAAGGGGCUUUAUCAGACUUUUUUUUCCAUGUGGGAUGAGUCAGUCCAGUUUUUAAAGUUUGUAGACCUCGAGCUGAGUGAGUGCGAGAUCCUUCACAUGCGUCAGCUUACAGCCAGUGUCUCAUGACUCUCAUCAGCAUUGAUGGUACACAUGUCCUCCGUUGCCCGCAGCCUUGUUUCCUUACUCAGCACAACCUCUUCUAGUCUACGUUCCCUACUAGACUGUAUUUCAAGAUACCUUCAGGACACUUUGUCAUAAAACUGCGGAACUUGUGUAGUACAGCUGUAUUAAGUGUGUGUAUGUUAUCCAAAGAUACUUGCUGGGAAAUGACCACUUUUUCAUUCCACCCUGUGUGGGCGUGGUCACAGCUGGUUAGCUGUGAUUUUAGUGUUUAACUUAUUUAUGAUUCGCUAGUCUGUUGUUUAAUGGUAGCUAGUAUCACAAACCUGUGUGAACCAGAUGGUAGUACAUGUAUACUGGAGUAUUUGUGUAAAUACUUAACAGACAGACAGAAUCGCGCUCAUUUAUGCCUGUAUUUGAAGAGAUUAUCUUAAAAUGACCCUGCACUGAAACGCCUGCAAAGUGAAGCCACCUCGAUAGUCGGCAUUUCUGCUGGAUCACUUCGUAUUUACUCCAGAUUGGGUUUUGUCUGAUGUUCCUUUUUGUUUGUUUGUCAUAACUGUCAUUUUGGCUCCAGCUGGUGAGUGAUGAUCCCACUCAUGUUAUUAAUCGUGGUGGUGCUUCAGAGCGCCCCCUGCUGCUGAGGAGCCUUCAGCGUUCUCAGUGGAGCAGACUAACAACACGAUGCCUUUUCUCUCUCUCUUCCUUUGUCCGGGUCCUUCCUUGUAAAUUGUACAGACUGUAAAAUCUUAGACAUGCAGAAAAAAAUAAUCAAAUGACCCGUGUUUUGUUUUGUCUUUUAAAGAGGGAUCAAAAUAUGAACAUUAAAAAUUGAAAUCUGAAGCUGAGACUAUACAGGACUUGACAAGAAUGGGAUGAUGAUAUAUUUGAUGAUAUAUUUUAUUGAUCUUUUCUGACAGUGUAUGAUCAAAUAUGUACAAACGUGUAUGUUAAAUUUUCAAUCUCAGGUUCUGAUGGACCAAAUAAAAUUUUUUUUAAUUAAAAGGU